AGCAUCACACAUGAGAGUCAUUAUGGUAGUGUUGGUCUGCACUCGACACUCGACAGACUGUUUCUUGAGGUGGAUGUGGAUACUCUAGCUAGCUUGACUGAGUCUUUACCAGUGCUCACUGACUCGCUUCGGCGUCCGCUCGCUGUCCGAUCGAUAGUAGUCCUAGCGUUUUGCGUGUGGAGUUUGCAAAGUUGGAUGCAGUCCCUUUUGUAGCUUAGAGUUGGCCCCUCUCUGCGGCGAUACGAGUAUGCUGCUCUGAGCACAAGUUGUAGUAACGACUACCCAGGUUGCUAGUGGCAGUCACUCACGAUGCCAUCCAGGGAGAAGCUGCGCGCUUUUGUCAACCAUGUGCGCAAUCUAACCCAGAAGGACGAGAACGGAGACGACGGCUUUGAUCGCGAAUACAAGAGCAUCAAAGACCUGCAGCUUCGCAUCAAGGACAGUCCAGAGUAUCCUGUCAAAGAUGGCCGUCUGGAAUGCAACAAGAAGAAGAAUCGCUACAAGGACAUUUUACCUUUUGAUUUCUGUCGGGUAGCGCUGACGCCCACGCACGAAGAGGGAAGCGACUACAUCAAUGCCAGCUUUCUCCAGGAUGUUAACGGAGAUAAUGGCUACAUUGCCGCCAUGGGACCUCUGACUGCCACAGUCAGUGACUAUUGGAGGAUGCUGUGGGAGUAUGGAAUCAAGACUGUUGUAAUGGUAUGCAAAGAAGUGGAGCUUGGCAAGAAAAAGUGUGCCAAGUACUGGGCGGAUGCAGCCGAGCCUGUUGUCGUUCAUGCUGGUGUGACAAUCAGAAUGGUGGACGAGAGCCAGGCUGAUGAGAUAUCAAUUCGCAUUCUGGAUGCUGAAUAUCAGGGGGAGCACCGUCGUAUCUUUCAGUAUCAUUUCCAGAGCUGGCCCGAUCAUGGUGUGCCGGACUCUGCACAGCCCAUCGUCGAUCUCAUCCAGAUAUUUAGAAAAGAGCAGCCGACCAACUGUCCACCCAUCUUAGUACACUGCAGUGCUGGCUGUGGACGGACAGGUACCGUUUGUGCAGUGGACUAUGCAUGGCAACUACUGGAAUCACAGAUCGACAGUGAUGUAAGCGUCCUAGACAUUGUGACCUUGUUCAGACAUCAGCGCCUGUCCAUGGUGCAGACCAAGGAUCAGUACGUUCUGAUUUACAAAGCCGUACUCAAAUUAGUAAAAACCUAUCUAGCAUCAAAGUCCAAGGCAAGUGUCGUGGAGCAGCAACCGGCGGCACCUGCGCUACCCACGCCACCGCCGGAAGACCUCUAUCAGAAUGUUACGGUGGCGGGUGGGACGGCGUACGGGCAACAAGCGCUAAGCCUUGAGCCAAAGAAGGAAGGUGCACCGCCGAUACCGCCAACAAAGAGGUCCGUAUCGACCAGCCCAACGUCUGCUAGUCCCGUAACCAACAUUGAUGAUGCUGGAGGAAUGACACAGGAGGAGCAGGAAGAGGAGCUCCGACUUCUGCAGGAGAUGACGGCUUCGGCCAAGCACCAAGCCAGUUUUCUUCAGAGCUUUGACGAUGAGGAAGAGGACGAGGACGGCCCGCCGCCGCCGAUUCCAGUGCAUACCGAGGCCGCAUCCCAGUUUGAGGAGGCUGCCAGCAACUCGCACGGCCUAGGCGUGGACGAGCGGUUUGCUGGAACUUCACCAGACAUGUAUGCUGUUGUCUCUCCCACACCGUCUGGGAGAUCAUCACGGGCUGACCUGCACGCCGACCUUGAGAGCGGUGACGCACCACCGAUGCUACCUCGACGCACGUCCGACUCGUACAUCUUGACGGAAGAGCAGAGGAGAGAGGCUGCCAAUGAGGCCGCGGCAGUGGCUGCGGUCCAGCCUCGCGUUCCCCCCUCACCUCGACCCAACCAGGGCUUGACGCCGCCAAACCUCCCGGCGCCGCGUCCACUAUCGACUAGCAAUACCGAUGUAGCAAGUAUGUCGUCUGCAGGGCCAGGAAGAUCAGCUACUCCUACCGGAGCUGGUUCAUCAUCAACGUUACCAGGCACCAGUCGGCAACUGUCACCGCCCAACUCCGCGUCCAAUGUCAAGUCAUCGACGAAAGACGUUUUCAAGAAGCUAACUAACUUCAACCGUGGCAAGAGCACACCGCGAAACGUGCAGGGAGCAUCGCAUGCAGCAAUCAUCUCAUCACCCAUGGGGAUUGGUAACAACGUCGAGGAUCACCACUCCCAUCAUCAUCAUCAUACCCAGCAGCCAGCCGGCCACACUGUACCGGUAUUCUCUGAGGAAAUGGGUUUCAAAAAUCGAGUACCACGCCCCAAGGGGGCACGAGCAAUGCCUACAACGUGGAGAACCUUCGCAUAGCAGAUUGCGAAACCCGCUUCUUACUGGCAUUUUACCCAACGACCGCUGAGCGGCAUUGGCUUUUUCACACAAACUUUCGUAUUUUGUCUCAUGUGGACACCUUGACACAAUAAUGUCAGAUUAUUUUCCCGAAAUGAUUUUCCAAUUUCCCUAGUCCCGACUGAAUACCUCGACCAUCCGUUGUUCACUUUCGCCUCGUCAAUGAAGUCUAUGAAGUUUUUGAAUCUGCAUAGUCGGAUGUGAAUCAACGUGCAUUGCAAGUUUCCUAUUGUUUGUGUCGUUUUUUGCUACCACAAACUCUACUUGUAUCAAUGUGAAUCAUGUGACUGUACAUAGCCAUGACCAUAUAUAGGACCACAUUACCAGCCAUGUCGAAGCAAAUUUAGGAUCGCACACCUCUUUUAGCAGCAGAUCUGUUAUUCCCUGUUUAAUUUUACCUUACCCACCUGGUCAA